CAUCGUUAGAUUUGCCGCAUGCGUCGGAUUUCGUCAUACGAGUUGAAUGAGUUGAGUGAGUUGAGAUACGUGUUGCCCGUGCGCGGCUUAUAGAAGCGGGGAUUGCGGGAUUUCUCUCAGUGACAGACGGUGUGUUGAUGUUUUGAUAUUUAAAAGCGAUGGCAGGAGUGGAGAACACUGGGGAGGCUGGAGCCACAGGUGGACAGGAGGGGCCUGAGGCAUCUGAUGGAGCCUAUGAAUGCAACAUAUGCCUGGACCAGGCUCGGGAUGCUGUGGUCAGCAUGUGCGGUCACCUAUUCUGCUGGCCAUGUUUGCACACGUGGCUGGAGACACGCCGCAACAACCAAGUGUGUCCCGUCUGCAAGGCGGCCAUCAGCCGUGACAAGGUGAUCCCUCUGUACGGUCGCAACAGCUCCAACAAGGAUCCGCGCAACCAGCUGCCUCCGCGACCGCCGGGCCAGCGCACAGAGCCUGAAAAUCAGGGUACCACAUUUGGUGGAGUGAACUUUGGCGACACAAACUUCCACAUGUCGUUCGGAAUUGGCGCAUUCCCUCUGGGUUUCUUCGCAUCCACACUGAACUUCGGUGGUGAACGGCUUAAUCCUCAUGCCGGUUUGCAGCCUGGACAGCAGUUUCACGCCGACGAUCAGAUGCUCUCCAAGCUAUUCCUCGGGCUGGGCAUCUUCUGUGUGAUCUGGAUCCUGCUCGCAUAGUAUGUUCCGACUGUACACGCUUACGCAUACGAUCACGGCACAUAUCGGUAGGGCCGUCUCCGUCUGAGUCGUCACAGGUGACCCUGCAGCAGAGAGCAGGGCACGGGUCCGAAAACAGACCCACUUGCUUCACUCGUACGUAUUACACCCGCACCGCAUUUCAAGCGACAGUGACGAUAUAUGAUGGACCGUAAUGUCCAUGACACGAUGCACACAUUUCGAAAUGCAAGUUAGAUGCUGAUUUCGAUUCAAAUGCAAUAUUAUGGAAUAUUAGUUUGAUUUUCUAGCGUGAUAUAUUACAUGAUUAGCUGACCACGUUAAUAAACUUUGCAUGUAACUGUUAAGGUGGCGCAUGCAAUAAAUUUACAUCACUCGUUUAGUACCGUGCUGCGACCGUACCAAUGUUGCGAAUAUUUUUUUAUUCCUAGAUUGUAUGAGUAUCUCAACAAAUUUGGUCGUGCUUGCUCUCCGGGAUUUCAUGGUCACGUAUUUUAUUGUCUUUUCUCAUUAAAGUGACCAUCCCACCUUAACAUUAGUUUUGAGCUGAGAUAGCCAAAUUGGUGGCCAUGGCCUGAAAAUACCGGUUUGGGCACUCACAACAUCGAAAAAUGCUUAAAUUCGGAGAUAUGGAAUUUCAAACUUGCAGUUUUCGGAUUCUAAGGGGCUAAUGCAUUGGUAUGCCACCUUAGAAUUUGUGACGUCAGCGGAGAUCUCACGAUUUUUAUAUCUUCUACUAAAACGUUUGGUAUUACGCGGUGGUAUAUGCUGCUUUGCGCGCAACAAAUGCCGCACUUUCAAAUAAAGUCGCUAGGAACAGCGGAGAUCCCAAAAAGUAAACAAAAGUAAAAGUCUAAUAUCUUGAAAACCGGUGAAUAUUUUUCGAUGAAAUUUGGUAGAUUUUCGUUUUUGCUCUUUCUGAACCGAGCGACAUCACUUUCAUGCCAAUUCAUUAACUUUUUUGAAGGUGGGAGGGUCCCAUUAACUGAUAUUGGGUUUUUCUGCUCACCCCACCCAGACCCAGCAGUGAUAACAGUACCGCGGAACUAUUUGCAGAAGCGGGUAGGUAAUAUAUGAGUAUCUUAUGACACGUUACGUCAUAAGAGACAAGGUGCGCCGGAUCAGGCGCACACUUAUGACGAUCGUAGUGUCGCGAAAGGAUCAAUAUACACAGAUAAGUACUGACUGAGCUUCUGCGUGGUGCUCCUAAGUGUGCUUGGGUUGUCCCGCGAUCAUUGUGCUCGUCCUCUUAAAUGUGAUAGAUUCGCUUGUAAUGAUGCUCGUUCGUCGCAUUUUGCGAUGCGAUGGUGCGAUGAAAUAUGACAGAGACGAAUAAAGUUGCAUAAUGCGAUGCAUAAUACGAUGCAUACGAUAGUGAGUUAUCCGUAAGAUGAAAUAACAGCCUUUCGGAACUGCAUCCCUAGCUAUCUGGAUCUUAGGCCUACGAAUAGCGAUGCGAUGCGUUCUGAGUUGGUUAUGCGGCAUUUAGUGACCGAUCAAUGCGUUAGAUGUGCAGUAUAUAUAGCAGACGAUAGCUCCGAGAAUGGGUGAUUUCAUCAACUGCCUUGAAUAUUCCACUUCGCAGCUGAUCGACUGUCGCCUUUUACUUAAACAACUGUCAUCACUUGUCUCGCUCAUCGGUCGCUAUAGCAAUGUGGAUAGAUAAGGCGCCUUGACGAAUGGGCCAGCGACCAACCCUUGCUCACCGUUACUGCGUGGCUUGCUGUAUGUCGCCGCGGGCCUGUGUGGGGGUUCGGGGUCGGCUGCUGCCGAGGGCACGGGUGUGGCGUUGGCGCAGUGUGGCCACCGCGCUGUCCGCGCCACCUGCGAUGUGCCAGUUGGGCGUGUGGUCGCCCGCGGCUAGGUGUCGGAGACUGCGCCCACCUCGUCUUCGUGCAUGACAGACUGUUAUUCGUGUGUGUGUGUGUGGGGUGUGUGUGUGUGUGUGUGUGUGUGUGUGUGUGUGUGUGUGUGUGUGUGUGUGUGUGUGUGUGUGUGUGUGUUUCGAAACCGGUCGUCAAUACAUCUAUAUUUAAGGGUGGCAGCCCUGUUGCAAGAA